AUCAUUAAAACUAGGCGUAAUAGUAGAGUAAAAGAUUCAUUUUUUUUUUCUAUUUCCACCAUUAAACACUGGGAUUAGGGGAAAGUCCCAGUAAGCAAACGACUGUACAAUGUAAUUUUAAUUAAGCACUGGCAUAUUUACAUUUGUAAAACAGUACUGUACAGAAACAAAAGAUUCAUUUGUGAUUUGUCCUCUUAGCGUGUGGGGUAUCAGGUUUGAACUUUCUUCUGCUUUCUUUCCUGACAACUUCUUUGUCAGUCCCGUGUUAUCUACUUCUCAAGCCCAGCCACCCGCUCGAUCUAGACUGCGUGCGCGCGGCUUCCAGGUCUGCCAUAUCUGCCCCUUCAAAUCCACAUCCCAGCGUGCACUGUUCGUGGUACGGCGUUCUGUCAUUGGAUGGGAUCGCGCGAUAUACGACCGAGUUUUCUCUUGGGAGGCUCUUCCUCUCCUUUCAUCGGUCAAUGGACCUACGAUGUAUUCUUGAGUUUUAGAGGUACAGACACUCGCAACAAUUUCACCAGACAUCUUUACAAUGCUUUGCAUAAAGGUAUCAACACCUUCAUCGAUAACGAGCUUAGAAAGGGAGAUGAAAUUUCACCAACGCUUCUCAAAGCUAUUGAAGAGUCUAGGAUUGCAAUCGUCAUACUCUCUAAAAAUUUUGCAUCAUCUACAUGGUGUUUAGAUGAGCUGACGAAGAUCCUUGAAUGUAAAAAAGAAAAGGAGCAAAUGGUUCUACCAGUGUUUUAUGAUGUGGAUCCAUCAGAGGUACGACAUCAAAAAAAUAAUUACGAAAAAGCCUUGACUGCACUUGAAGAAAGGUUUAAGGAUGACUCGAAGGUGCGAGGAUGGGAGGCAGCUCUAAAAGAAGUGGCCAAUUUGAGUGGGUGGCCUGUUGGGAAAGGGAAUGAGCAUGAAAUUAUUUUGGAAAUAGUUCAAAUGGUCUCGAGGAUCGUGAAUCGAACAUACUUAAAUGUUGCCAAGUAUCCUAUUGGGAUGGAGUCCCGUGUACAGGAUGUCAAUUUGCUCUUAAGUAUUGGGAGCAAUGAUAUUAUACGCACAGUAGGAAUCUUUGGAAGAGGAGGAAUUGGUAAGACAACUAUCGCCAAAGAAAUCUAUAACUCGAUUGCUUAUCAAUUUGAUGGUAGUUGUUUUCUUACAAAUGUUAGAGAAACUUCAAAGCAAGAGCAUGGCUUGAUCCAACUACAAGAGAAACUUCUUUCUGAGAUCCUAGGAGACUAUCGAAAUAUGAAUAUUGCCUGUGUUGAUCGAGGAAUUAAUUUGAUAAAGUAUAAGCUUUGCUCUAAAAGGAUCCUUUUAUUCCUCGAUGAUGUCGAUCAGAUGUUCCAAUUAAAAGCAUUAGUUGGAGGAUGUGAUUGGUUUGGUUUAGGAAGUAGAAUUAUCAUUACAACAAGAGAUAAGAGGUUACUAAUUAAUCAUAAAGUUGAUUUUACAUACCAAGUGAGAAUUGAUUUUACAUACCAAGUGAAGGAAUUGGAUCACAAUGAAGCUCUUCAGCUAUUUUGUUGGAAUGCCUUCGAAAGAGAUAAACCUAUUGAGGGUUAUGUUGAACUCACAGAACGUGCAAUAAGUUAUGCUGGGGGCCUUCCAUUAGCUUUAAUGGUGCUAGGUUCGGAUCUAUACAAUAGAAGCAUGCAUUAUUGGAAACGUGCAUUGGAUGGAUACAAAAGGAAUCCUAAUAAAGAUAUCCAAGAAAUUCUUAGAAUUAGUUAUGAUGGAUUGGAUGAAAAUGUGAAGGACAUUUUUCUUGAUAUUGCAUGUUUCUUCAGAGGAAAAAAUGCAGAUUAUGUUACUAAAAUAUUGGACAGUUGCGGUUUCUUCCCAGAUAUUGGUAUUGAAGAGCUUAUAGAUAAGUCUCUUAUAACUAUUAAUGAACAUAACAUUUUGGAGAUGCAUGACUUGAUACAAGAAAUGGGUAGAGAAGUUGUCCGACUAGAAUCACCCAAAGAACCCGGCAAUCGCAGUCGAUUAUGGUUCCAUGAAGAUGUUCGUCAUGUGUUAGAAGAAAACACGGGAACAAAUAAAGUUGAAGGCAUAUUGAUAGAUUUGCCUGAACGAGAUAUGAUACACUUGAAUCCCAAAGCCUUCAUGAAGAUGAAAAGGCUCAGACUGUUUAUAAACCGUAAUGCAGACUUCACUGGAGGGCCUAACUAUCUUUCUAAUGAGUUGAGACUGCUUGAGUGGCCUGAUUAUCCUUUACAGUCUUUACCAUCCAAUUUUCGUGGAAAGAAUCUUAUUGUUCUAAAAAUGCAUAAUGGUUUCUUCAAGCAACUGGCGGAUAGAUUCAAGAAUUUCCGGAAGUUAACAAGCCUAGAUUUCUCUAAUUGUCAGUUCCUAACAAAAAUCCCUGAUGUUUCAAGUAUCCCUAGUUUAGAGAGCUUGAUUCUAGACAAUUGUACGAGUUUGGUUGAGAUUCAUCCUUCUGUUGGAUCCCUUGAUAAACUUGUUGCGUUGAGACUCUUAGAGUGCUCUAACCUUGGGAGUUUUCCAAAAAGUCUCAAGUUGCCAUCUCUACAAGUUCUUAUGCUUGGAGGUUGCUCGAGUCUUCAAGAUUUUCCUGAAAUUGAUUGUAAAAUGGAACGUCUAGAUUACCUUGACUUGAAGGGCACACCUAUAAAAGAACUACCUUCAUCCUUUGGGCACCUCAUUGGCCUUAAAGAUUUAGCUCUUGAAGGUUGCAAAAACCUUGUAAAUCUCCCAAGUAGCAUUCAUCAUUUGCAGCAUCUAAGGAGACUUUAUCUCAGAGAUUGUUCAAAACUUGAUAAGUUUCCGAAGAAAGAGGAGGAUGAAAAACAAUUUAUGCCUUUUACCGUUUCGAUAAAGGAAUAUGAAACUUCAUCUUGUGCAGAACCAUCCUUGAUGCUGCCAACUCCAAAAAAUUCAAGCAUUUCUAAUGAUGGUUGUUCUUCCUCCAUGGUAUUUCCAGCACUGGGACUUAUAGAUGUUGGAAAUUGUGUCCUAUCAGGAACAGAUUUCUUUAUGACAGUUAAUUGUUUUUCGACAUUGGAACAGUUAGAUCUAUCAGGGAGUGAUUUUGCUAGCCUUCCCGAAUGCAUCACAAGAUUUGUCCGAUUGAGGAGCCUUAAAUUGGAAGAUUGCAAGCGGCUUCAAGAAAUUCUAGAACUUCCUCCAAAAAUAGAAGAUAUAUAUGCAAGUGGGUGCAUGUCAUUGGCACGAUUUUCAGAAGUAUCAAAGAGAGUUCAAUUUAACACCUGCGACUUACCAGGGCUUGAAUGGAUUGAUUUGUCCAGAUGCCAUAAAUUGCUUGAGAAUAUAUCAAUGAAUGAAGUGGAAAAUCUUUUUCUGGACCAGGGACAUUUUCAGGACCAUCUAUUUGGUAUUAUAUUUCCAGGAAACAAGAUUCCAGACUAUUUCAACCAUUGUAAAGAGGUUUCAAACAAAAGCGAAUGUGAAAUAUGUAUUAAUGAGCCUUCACAUCUGGAUGGGAAGAUCAAAGGUUUGGCUCUCUGUGCUGUUCUUGGAGUAAAUGAUGGACAGGCGCCCACUCCUAUUGUUUGCAGCAUCGAGAUCAUCAACAAUGGUUCACCAAGUUAUAGUGACUCUAAAGCAUUUAAUAUAUCAGGCUCUGAUCAUGUAUGGUUGCUUUACCACGUUCCAGAAUUUUAUGAGAUAAAGGGGGACAAUCUGCAAGUUAAGUUUUGGUGCUCCACAAGUUUAGCGUCCUUUAGAUGUGGAGCUCAUCUGGUACGCACGAGAUCAGAUACUGCAUCGUCAGCAUGCAUCUAGAUUUGUUCCAUGAGGAUGUUUGUUUGUGUCCACUUGCAUAUUAUAUCCAAUGAAGAUUGAGAAGUCAUGAACAGUAGAUUUUUAACGUUGAUGGCAACAUGGACUGCAAUUGGUACCCACAACAUAAGAGUGAUUUACCACUAAACUAUUAGCAAGAAUAAACAAAGCCUCAGCCCUCAAGGAUACUACCUUCAUGAAGUGUUAUGUCAUUUGACGGAUUUGGCUUCUUUAGGUUUGGCAAGUGGGAUGAGACAAUUUUCUUUUCAUUUCAUUUCAUCUCAUUAUUACAAAUUUUUUAAAUUCUCACACAAACUAUAAUAAAUAAUUCAAUUUUUUAAAAUUUCAAUUCAACUUUUUCAAAUUUCAAAACAAUAAUAAUAUU